AUGUUUCUUGGACGUGUCAUUGAAGCAUUAUCUGGGCAGACUUAUGAAACAUUCGUUAGUGCUGAGAUCCUCGAGCCGUUGAAUAUUAGUGCACGCAUUGGACGACGACAACAUCAGCAGCGUCAACAGUACGAGGUCAAAAAUGUUGAAGAAUCACUGAAUUCUUAUUGCUUCUAUUGGUUGAUAGAAAUAACAACCAAUACACUACAGUAA